CGAUAACGAUGAUGAUAAUUGGAAAAUUAUGUGAAAAGAAUUCGAAGGCAAAAACUACUUCGGGCAACGUCAUCAGAGUGUACUGUAACCUGAUUCAUACAUUACUGUUCAUAUAAAAGGCAUUUCUGUCGAAUGACGCAUUAGUUAUAUGAUAGCAACAGGCAACGAAAGGUAGUUCGUCCCCGUGGUAACUGUGCAUCACUGAAGAUGUUUCGUAUCGCGAGAGUUUUCUCUGCGUCCAGAAAUGUUAACAAGGCACUCGAAACGUCCUUAGGUUCAUGGAAUGCGCCCAGAUGUUUGGCUACUCAAGCUGCAGUGAAAGCCACUCCUGUGGAAAACUCUCAGGAAAAUGCCACUGUGAAGGAGUCACAGUCCUUCACCAUGAAUAUCUUCCGUAACCAGUUGCAGUUGGACCAAGUAUUUCCCUUUCCCGAUCCUAUGACCGAGGAACAAAUCGACACAGUGAAAAUGCUGAUUGAUCCUAUGGAGAAGUUCUAUGAGGAAAUAAAUGAUCCAGCGAAAAACGACCAGAACGCAGCCAUAGACGAGAAAACAGCGACCGCUCUUUGGGAGCUGGGAGCGUUUGGUCUACAAGUGCCCCAGGAAUACGGCGGAUUGGGAUUGACCAAUACUCAGUACAGUCGAUGCGUCGAGAUAUGCGGUUACCACGAUCUUGGGGUGGGCAUCACUCUCGGUGCACAUCAGAGCAUAGGAUUCAAGGGUAUACUUUUAUUCGGCACUCCGGAACAAAAAGCGAAGUAUUUGCCUCGAGUUUGCAACGGCGAGUACGCUGCCUUCUGCCUAACCGAGCCGAGUUCUGGCUCCGACGCCAGCUCGAUACGUUGCCGCGCUGUCAAGGCAGCAGAUGGGUCGCAUUAUAUCCUAAACGGUAGCAAGAUAUGGAUAUCAAACGGCGGUAUCGCUAACAUAAUGACCGUGUUCGCGCAAGUACCCACGAAGGAUCCGAAUACGGGUGAAAUGAAGAACAAGAUGACCGCUUUCAUCGUCGAAAGGGGUUUCGGCGGUGUCACCAGCGGACCGCCUGAGAAAAAAAUGGGCAUCAGAUGCAGUAACACGGCAGAGAUAUUCUUCGAAGACGUCAAGAUCCCGGCGGAAAAUGUUCUCGGCAAAGAGGGUCAAGGCUUCAAGGUCGCAAUGAAUAUUCUGAACAACGGUAGAUUCGGCAUGGCAGCAGCUCUUUCUGGCAACAUGCGUUAUUGCAUCAGCAGGGCCGUAAGUCAUGCGACACAACGCGUGCAAUUUGGCCGUACUCUGGAUAAUUAUGGUACUAUACAGGAGAAAAUAGCGCGCAUGGCGAUGCUGCAUUACAUUACCGAAUCUCUCGCAUACAUGAUCUCCGGCAAUAUGGAUCGCGGAAGUCAAGAUUAUCACCUAGAGGCGGCUAUCUCUAAGUGCUUCUCAUCGGAGUCCGCAUGGUGGGUGUGCGAUGAGGCUAUUCAGACCUUGGGCGGCAUGGGCUACAUGCGCGAUGCCGGUCUUGAGCGCGUGUUGCGUGACUUACGUAUAUUCCGAAUUUUCGAGGGAGCAAAUGAUAUUCUGCGUCUGUUCAUAGCGCUUACGGGAAUUCAAUACGCUGGUAGUCAUUUGAAAGAACUGCAGAAAGCCUUCAAGAACCCCGGCGCAAACGUAGGCCUCCUCUUCGGAGAAGCUACCAAGCGGGCGACCAGGGCAAUAGGUUUAAGUUCACCGCCCACUUUUACACACUUGGUGCAUCCGAAAUUGGCAGAAAGUGCAGCACUUUGCUCAAAGAGCGUGGAGAGUUUCGGCAACACAAUAGAAGCUUCCCUUAUCAAAUACGGACGAGGCAUCGUCGAGGAGCAAUUCAUCCUCAACAGGUUAACACAGGCAGCGUUUGACACGUAUACGAUGGCGGUUAUACUGAGCAGGGCGACUAGAUCGUUGAACAAGAAUCUGCCCAGUGCGGAACACGAGCUAUUGAUGACUCAAGCUUGGUGCGCGGAGGCAUCGAACCGUGCUGCCUAUAAUCUGCAGCAGGUCAAUUCUGGAAAGCAACUGGACUUCUUCAGUAAACUAGGCAAAAUUUCCAAGAAUGUGUUUGAUGUUGGCGGAUGCGUUCAGUUGAAUCCUCUAGGCUUUUAACAAUCAUAAGUAUAUCUUGCAAUAACCCUGACAAUAAUCUUGAUGCUAUCUUGAAUAUAAAAAGAAGUGAAUAUUAAGUUUCGUGUAACUUAGGUUAACUAUCAUGAUUUUUAUCGUCAAAAUUGAAUUACCAUUAGUUAGAUUGAAAUGACUAAUUGAGUUUCUCCUAAAGUUAUUAAACUGUGAGAAUAAUAAAAUCCAAUGAAGAAAG